AUGGCAUCAAGGUCAGCGAUCUCAAUAGCAUUUAUCUUAUCGUUGAUUCUGACAGUAUUGGUUGGCUCUGAAGCCGGUGGAAUAGCAAUCUACUGGGGUCAGAAUGGAAAUGAGGGCACCUUGGCGGAGACUUGUGCCACAGGAAACUAUGACUAUGUAAUCUUAUCUUUCCUAUCGACUUUUGGAAACGGUCAGACUCCUAUGAUUAACCUUGCUGGCCAUUGUGAUCCAUACAGCAAUGGUUGCACGAAAUUAAGCCCUGACAUAAAAUCAUGUCAAGCCAAAGGCAUCAAGGUGUUGCUUUCCAUUGGAGGAGGAGUAGGGAGUUACUAUCUUGCCUCUAAAGAGGAUGCAAGGCAAGUAGCAGCUUACCUCUGGAACAACUUCUUAGGGGGACACUCUGCAUCUCGCCCACUUGGCCCAGCUGUCCUUGAUGGAAUUGACUUCGACAUUGAAGGAGGCACAAAUCUGCACUGGGAUGAUCUUGCAAGAUUCCUUUCAGCAUAUAGCAAGCAAGGUAAGAAGUUGUACUUAACUGCAGCUCCUCAGUGCCCAUAUCCUGAUGCUUGGAUCGGCAAUGCAUUAAAGACAGGUCUUUUUGACUAUGUUUGGGUCCAAUUCUACAAUAACCCUCCUUGCCAAUACUCUGGGGGUAUCACUAAUCUUGAAGAUGCUUGGAAGCAAUGGAUUUCAAGUAUCCCUGCUAAAAAUAUUUUCCUGGGAUUACCUGCUGCCCCUGAUGCAGCUGGAAGUGGGUUCAUCCCUGCAUCAGACCUCACUUCCAAAAUCCUUCCAGCUAUUAAAGGAUCUGCCAAGUAUGGUGGUGUCAUGUUGUGGUCCAAAUACUACGAUGAUCAAACUGGCUAUAGCAAAGCCAUCAAGAACCACGUCUAA